CUGUUUACCGCUUCAAACUUACCGUUAAGUUGCCAGCCCUGGCGGACGAACGUAACAUCUGCUGGAUUGCAGUUGCGACACCCUGAGCCCACUUUCAUCAGUUACAACAAAAAAAAAUAUAUAUAUAUAUAUUCGGAAGCAAAAAUACACACCAAGCGGCAAGAUGAGUUUCCUGAACUAUGUUUUUGGACCAAACCUCUAUAUGGAGUACAAAGGAGUGCCGGAACCGCAGCGCAAAAUAUACGAUGCGGGGGCCGCUGAAAGAUUCGGUGAACAGAUUUUGUCCACGCUCUCGGUGAUGUGGUCGGUGGGCUAUUACACAUCGCCGCUGAUUGCAACAUUCCUCUACAGACGCGGCUACCUAGUGGCCGAUUCCAUGCCGGCGCUGGCCAAGAUUACCACUAGCGUGGGCCUCAUCGUUAUCAUUUCCCUAUUUAUGCGCGGCCUGGGACGCAAGCAGUCGCGCUCAUACUCCAACAUGAUGAAGGCUCUGGUGAAUGCCAGACAGGCCAAAACCGCUGGGGAUGCCAACAGCGAGCUGCGCCGCUUCGACAUUGAGUUCAAGGCAUGGCCAGUCGAUUUUGAUGUGAAGGCUCUCACUGGGGACACCAAGAAGCCUGUAGUUACAGCCAGCCGGAAGGAGCCAAUCAAGUUGUCCACUUUGCCCUGUGAAGUGAUUGCCUAUUUGGCCAUCAACACCUUCGGGCUCUCCUUGAUCUAUCCGGGCUCGGUGAAGCUGCUGCAGAAAUUCAUGAGACCAAUGCUGAUCUCGGGACGCGCCAAGCUCAUUGAAGAUGACAAUGGCAUCCGCUACAAAAUUAAGACGAUCGAUUCGAACGACAUUGAUGCGCUGUUUAUUGACAACCGCAACGACAACGUGGGCAAUGGCAAGACUCUGGUCAUUUGCUCGGAGGGAAACGCUGGCUUUUACGAAGUGGGCAUCAUGGGCACUCCGGUGGCUUUGAAGUAUUCAGUUCUGGGAUGGAAUCAUCCUGGUUUUGCCGGCAGCACUGGCACCCCCUUUCCGCAUCAGGACAAGAACGCUAUCGAUGCUGUUGUCCAGUUUGCCAUUAACAAUCUGGGUUUCUCAGUGGAAGAUAUAAUCUUGUACGGCUGGAGCAUUGGAGGCUUUAGUACAUUGUAUGCUGCUUCCGUUUAUCCCGAUGUGAAAGGCGUGGUGCUGGAUGCCACAUUCGACGACGUUCUCUACUUGGCCAUUCCUCGUAUGCCUGCUGCCCUGGCCGGGAUUGUAAAGGUGGCGAUUCGCAACUACUGCAAUCUCAACAAUGCUGAGUUGGCAACAGAAUUCAAUGGACCAAUAUCGUUUAUCCGUCGUACUGAUGAUGAGAUUAUUGCCGAAGAAAACCACAUUGAGACCAACCGUGGAAACUUUUUGGUGUUGGCUGUGUUGCAACAUCGGUACCCUAACAUUUUCGGGUCAUCUCAGCUGAGCAAGGCCAAGUCCAUAUUGUCAAAACCAUUGGAGCCUUACAAUAUCACAGUUGUCGACGAAAAGCUUUGCAUGUCACGCCUGAUUACUUAUGCCUCCGAUGAAGGCAAAUCGUUCCCCAUGCAGAUUGGAGCCGAAUACUCAGAAGAAGUGCGCAACAUCAUGGCCGUAUUCUUGUUGCGCAAGCAUUUACGCGACUACAACUCUACACACUGCACCCAGCUGCCUGGCGAGUUCUUCACCAUGCCGUGGGACAUUCCCACCGAGCACGGAUUCGUGUUCACCUAAGCCCACCCCGGAGGUUGCUGAUGGUGUGACCCAAUGUUUAGAUAUUAGUGAAAUGGUUUUUAGUCAUUUUUUUCAUUCUGACUGCUUAUUAAAUUAUUCUAACUGGGAACAGCCGGGACGCUGAAACAACUGGUGUAAAUUGUCUUAUAUAUGAAAUAAAUGUCACAAGCUAACCUAAUAGAUCUCUUAAAA